UGAGGGCCAAGGCGCAGGCGCUGAGGGGAGGUGCAUGACCGCGCUGCGUCCUAGGCGCUGCCGCCCGGGCCGGGCUGGGCCCGUGCGUGGGCUGCGUGACGUCGGUCGGCCGCGGCUGCGCCGGGCUGCGGGGGCCCGCGCUCUCAUGGAGGACGAAGACUGCCCCGACCUGGUCCCGAUAGACGCCGGCGGCGCGGAGGAGACCCAGUCCAGCCCCAGCAGCAAGAUCCCCGUGACGAUCAUCACGGGGUACUUGGGAGCUGGGAAAACAACUCUUCUAAAUUACAUACUGACAGAACAGCAUAACAAAAGAAUAGCAGUUAUUCUGAAUGAGUUUGGCGAAGGAAGUGCCUUGGAGAAAUCCCUGGCAAUCAGUCAAGGGGGAGAACUCUAUGAAGAAUGGCUGGAGCUCAGAAAUGGCUGCCUGUGCUGUUCAGUAAAGGACAAUGGUGUGAAGGCUAUUGAGAACCUGAUGCAAAGGAGAGGAAAAUUUGACUAUAUAUUGUUAGAAACAACUGGUUUGGCAGAUCCAGGAGCUGUGGCCUCCAUGUUCUGGGUUGAUUCUGAGCUGGGAAGUGACAUCUAUCUUGAUGGUAUUGUAUCUGUUGUUGAUGCAAAGCAUGGAUUGCAGCACUUGACAGAGGAAAAGCCAGAAGGUCUUGUCAAUGAAGCAUCUCGGCAGGUUGCAUUAGCUGAUCUUAUAAUCAUCAAUAAAACAGAUUUGGUUUCAGGGGAAGAACUGAAUAAAGUCAGAACAUCUGUCAGGUCAAUAAAUGGACUUGUUAAAAUUCUAGAGACACAAAGAUCAAGAGUUGAUCUCUCCAAUGUCUUGGACCUGCAUGCUUUUGACAGCUUAUCUGGAAUAAGUUUGCAGAAAAAGCUUGAGCAUGUAAAGACAACACAUGCACAUCUAGAUAAGGGCAUAGUUACAGUAACAUUUGAAGUUCCAGGAAAUAUAAAAGAAGAAGACUUAAAUCUCUUUAUUCAGAAUCUUCUGUGGGAGAAGAAUGUGAAAGAUAAGACUGGGCACACUAUGGACGUCAUAAGACUGAAGGGACUGGUAUCUAUUCAAGGCAAAUCUCAUCAGGUGAUAGUCCAAGGUGUCCAUGAGCUCUAUGAUCUGGAAGAGACUGCAGUAGCCUGGAAAGAAGACGAAAAGAGAACAAAUAGAUUGGUCCUAAUUGGCAGGAACUUGGAUAAGGAGACCAUCAAAGAAGUAUUCAUAGCUACUGUGAGAGAGAAACAAGGAAUCAGUUGACAUCAAACUACAAAAAAGAUUAAAUAUCUGUGCUUAACCCUGCAAACUUUUUAUGACAGAGAGACCGAAUGACAUGCAGUAUAGUAGUUUCUUUUUCCUCUUGCAGUUUACACAACAGUUAAUCCCUGAAAUCCUCCUAAGAAUCCCAGCUGAUAUACUGCUUAAAAAUUAGCUUUUAUGUCUAGAAUCAAACACAAAGAAUUCUGCCCUUUUGGAUUUAGCUUACAUUAUCUCAGUGACACCGUUUACCUGUGCAGAAGCACAGACAGGCAAAAAGCUGUUGUUUAUGCUGUACGUGAAGUAUUACAGUAGGAAUAUGGUAAACAGGUUUGAAGCCUAGUGCUUUCUCCAGCUAACUCUCUUUUACUACUGGAAAUGAAGCAACAGUGAUUAUUGCCAGAGAUGUAAUCACAGUAAAAAGUAUUUAGUGUUUACUAUUAAACUGUCUUCCAUCUCUUUCCA